AUGGAUAGAAGGCAACGGAUGGCCAUUAAAAUUAAAUGUAGCAACAAUGAGAUAUUCCGUGUCUCGCCUGUGUACUGCCUGCUGGAGCCUGGAGGAUCGCAGAGAUUACAGGUGAUUGUCCGGGAUCCUGGUGAAGCGAAAACCGACAAAAUUGUUCUUCUCUACCGAUACACUACGUUGUCGAACCCACGAGAUGCAUUCACGGAUAUGGAGAAAGAUGAAGGUACACACAAAAAAAUAAUCGCUCUGGUGGCCCGCGAAGAUGUCGACUUAACGUUGGCGCCGACGACAAAUUUGAAAUCAAUUUUGAAAGCUUAUCCACAGUGCUGA